ACCAAAUAGACCAGUCAGCCCGAGUCCUCAGCAGUAAGGCUGAAAGUUCUGGAUAGGAGCAGGGUCAGAUCAGACCAGAGAAGGUCAGUUUGGAUAGAAAGCAGAACGACACACGGACAAUAUCUUCAUUUAACUCAGACGGACGGACUGAAGGACUCGGUUUAACUCGGCUUAUUUGUUCGCUUCAGCUCCGGAUAUACUGUAUAGCCUACAUAUAAAAUAGUUUCAUUUUCAUUUAUUUUUUAAAAACAGUUUUGGUUGCUUUUUCUUCUGCUUUUCACCGUCAGUUUCAUCUCAUUCAGACUGAAGAAGAAACUGAACUCACAGCUGACUGACGACACGUUGCGCAACCUAGACAAUAAUAACGAGCCACAGACGUCAUCACCGGACAGUCCGCUCCAGUUCUCCCACCAGUGUCGGACCUGCUGCUUCCAGGCGGAGCUCAAACUUCAAGAAAACCUUUGGUUUUUAUGUCUUCAGCUACUUCUGCUCCACAGACAGACAGACAGACAGACAGACAGACAGACAGACAGACCAUCUGCUCCCCGCUGAGUCUACUGGGUUUCUGUUGACCUGCAGUUUGGACCAGUCUGUCUGUCUGAAGAACACAAGAUGAGCACGGGCAUUGCCGCAGCCAGUACUCAGCCGUGUCUGAAGAGGCUAUUGGACGAGCCCCAGGACAACUUCUUGAAAUGUAAAGUAGCUCGUCUCGAUCCGAAUCCUCCCGCCACCGGCCUAUUACACUGCCUCAGGCCCAGAAGCCCCACCCCCAAGUCCAACCAGAGCCAAUCCCCAUCCAGAGUCGGAUCAUACUUCCUGUUGGAACGCUGCGAGGGGGAGAAAACUUACAGGGCCGUCCACGCACACACAAAGCAGCAGUACACUUGCCAGGUGCUUCCUCUACGUGGUUACCAAGAGCGGUUGGCUGCCUACGCACGUAUCGGUCACCAUGAUCACAUCUGCAGCCUGCUGGAUGUGGUGAUUGGCCAGGACAGCGUAUACGUCUUCCUGCCCGGUCACCACGGCGACAUGCAUGCGUACUUGCGAAGCAGGAAGCGUCUAGGCGAGGAGGAGGCGGGGCAUCUGUUCACUCAGAUGCUGAACGCUGUGACGCACUGUCAUCACCACGGAGUCGUCCUGAGAGACCUGAAGCUCCGCAGGUUCGUCUUCACAGACAAAUACAGGACGCGUCUCGCUCUGCUCGGCCUUAACGACUGCGUCCUCCUGGAAGGUAACCAUGAUGACGACUCUCUGACGGACAGACACGGCUGCCCCGCCUACGUCAGCCCCGAGCUGCUGACCAAUGGGAACAGGUCUUAUUCGGGCCGUGCCGCAGACAUCUGGAGCCUGGGUGUGUCUCUGUACACCAUGCUGAUUGGACGAUAUCCGUUUCAGGACACGCAGCCCGCCGCCCUAUUUGCCAAGAUCCGCCGCGGGGCCUUCAGCCUGCCUGAUUGGAUGUCACCGCAAGCCAAGUGUCUGAUUGGCUGCAUGCUGAGGAAGUCGCCCGCAGAGAGACUGAUGGCGACGGAUCUGCUUAUGCACCCGUGGCUGACCAAUCCUGGCGCGCCACAUCACAACAAGCACAAAACGCAUCAAAGCUCACACAAAACACUACAGAAUAAACAAGAGGACAAUGACCAGGUGGUGCCAACAUGGACAGAAAAACACUAACGCACACAUUUGUGCUUCUAUACUUGUGAGGACCCACACUGAUAUAGCGCAUCCCUUUAGCCCCUCACCUUAACUAAUAUACCCCAACCCUUCACUAAACUUCACCUAAACCUAAAUGUAACACACA